CAAAUCACUGCCCUCAGCAGCCGCCGGCGAAGAAAGGCGAAGCAGCCGCCGCGCCGCUCCCCAGCCCCGCUCGCAGGCAGCGGCUCCGCGCCCGGCGCACAACAAAGGCAGCGCUCGCCGCUCCGGCAGGGGCAGGGGCAGGGGCAGGGGCAGGGGCGGCCUCUCCCGCAGCUAGGCCAGCGCAGCCCGCGGAUCCGGGGACAGCCGCGCCGCCGGGACACAGGCUAAAUUUCAAAAUGUCGUUUGGGAGAGACAUGGAGCUGGAACAUUUUGAUGAGCGUGACAAAGCACAGCGGUAUGGCAGAGGGUCUCGGGUAAAUGGCCUGCCCAGCCCUACUCACAGUGCCCACUGUAGCUUUUACCGAACCCGCACCCUACAAACCCUCAGUUCUGAGAAGAAAGCCAAGAAAGUUCGUUUCUAUCGCAAUGGAGAUCGGUAUUUCAAAGGGAUUGUAUAUGCCAUUUCCCCUGACCGGUUUAGAUCUUUCGAGGCCCUGCUGGCUGAUCUGACCCGAACUCUGUCUGAUAAUGUGAAUCUGCCCCAGGGAGUGAGAACAAUCUACACCAUUGAUGGCUCCAAGAAAAUUUCCUCCUUGGACCAACUAGUAGAAGGGGAGAGCUAUGUAUGUGGUUCAAUAGAACCCUUCAAGAAACUGGAGUACACAAAGAAUGUAAACCCAAACUGGUCAGUGAAUGUUAAGACAACUUCCGCUUCUCGUACAGUGCCAUCACUUGCCACUGCCAAAGGAAGCACCUCAGAUACAAAAGAGAACAAGGAUUUCAUUAGGCCUAAACUGGUCACCAUCAUAAGGAGUGGUGUGAAACCACGUAAGGCAGUCCGGAUCCUGCUUAACAAGAAGACGGCACAUUCAUUUGAACAGGUUCUCACUGAUAUAACUGAUGCUAUCAAGCUGGAUUCAGGAGUGGUAAAACGCCUGUACACGUUGGAUGGAAAGCAGGUGAUGUGCCUUCAGGAUUUCUUUGGUGAUGAUGACAUUUUUAUUGCUUGUGGACCAGAAAAGUUCCGUUACCAGGAUGAUUUCUUGCUAGAUGAAAGUGAAUGUCGGGUAGUGAAAUCCACUUCCUAUACCAAAAUAGCUUCAACAUCACGUAGGAGCACUACGAAGAGCCCAGGUCCAUCUCGACGUAGCAAGUCUCCGGCCUCCACCAGUUCAGUUAAUGGAACCCCUGGUAGCCAGCUUUCUACUCCCCGCUCUGGGAAGUCUCCAAGCCCAUCUCCCACCAGCCCAGGAAGCCUGCGGAAACAGAGGAGCUCCCAACACAGUGGCUCCUCUACCUCAUUAGCAAGCACCAAAGUUUGCAGCUCCAUGGAUGAAAAUGAUGGACCUGGAGAAGAAGUGUUGGAGGAAGGCUUCCAGGUUCCAGCGUCAAUAGCAGAGAGAUAUAAAGUUGGAAGGACUAUAGGGGAUGGAAAUUUUGCUAUUGUAAAGGAGUGUAUAGAAAGGUCAACUGGUAGAGAAUAUGCUCUGAAAAUCAUCAAAAAAAGUAAAUGUAGAGGAAAAGAACACAUGAUCCAGAAUGAGGUAUCUAUUUUAAGAAGAGUCAAACACCCCAAUAUUGUUCUUCUGAUUGAGGAGAUGGACAUGCCAACUGAGUUGUACCUAGUCAUGGAGCUGGUGAAGGGAGGAGACCUUUUUGAUGCCAUUACCUCCACUAACAAAUAUACAGAGCGAGAUGCUAGUGGGAUGCUAUACAAUCUGGCCAGUGCCAUCAAGUACCUUCAUAGCUUGAACAUUGUACACAGGGAUAUCAAGCCUGAGAAUCUACUGGUUUAUGAACACCAAGAUGGAAGCAAGUCUCUGAAACUGGGAGACUUUGGGCUGGCAACAAUAGUGGAUGGACCUCUUUACACAGUCUGUGGGACCCCAACAUAUGUAGCUCCAGAAAUCAUUGCAGAAACUGGAUAUGGCUUGAAGGUGGACAUCUGGGCAGCUGGUGUGAUUACUUACAUCCUCCUGUGUGGCUUUCCUCCAUUCCGUGGAAGUGGAGAUGACCAGGAAGUGCUGUUUGAUCAGAUCUUGAUGGGACAGGUAGAUUUCCCAUCUCCAUACUGGGAUAAUGUUUCUGACUCAGCAAAGGAACUUAUCACAAUGAUGCUUCAAGUAGAUGUAGAUCUACGAUUCUCAGCCCUGCAAGUUCUUGAACAUCCGUGGGUUAAUGAUGAUGGCCUUCCAGAGAAUGAGCAUCAGCUGUCGGUAGCUGGGAAGAUAAAGAAGCAUUUCAACACAGGCCCUAAACCUAACAGCACAGCAGCUGGAGUUUCUGUCAUAGCAACCACCGCUCUUGAUAAGGAGAGGCAGGUUUUCCGACGAAGACGCAACCAGGAUGUGAAGGAACGUUAUAAGGUGCAGCAAGCUCCACCUGAACUCAACUCCGAAUCGGAAGACUAUUCACCAAGUUCAUCCGAGACUGUUCGCUCACCUAACUCACCCUUUUAAUAAAACACUUUUACUCAAAGUCUUGGCUUUAACCCUUUGAGAUCCUGAAAACCUAUGUGAAAUGGUUACAUCCGAUCUAUCUAGCGCUAAUGUCUGAAUGAUGGAACAGAAAAGGGUGUUUACAUUAAUAACUUCCUAACUGACUGAAAUACUCAUUCUCUGUUUGGAUUGCAACUUGCUGCUAAUAUGAUCCUCAAAGGGUUAAGGUGUUUGUUUUUUUCUUUCUUUCUUUUUUUUAAGAUAGAAGCAAUGAAUGUUUUCAUCAGUCAAGCUAGAAUCUGCAAUAUGUAAUUUUAGCACAUGUUAACCCUCUGAGUAAAUGAUCAUCUUUAAUCUUGACAGCUUGCAUUAGGAUUUUGUUUUGGCUUUUUGAUUUACACGUAUGUUGCUUUUAUCUCUCUCUCUAGUUCUUUGUCCAGUUUUCUGGUCAAAUGCUACAUUACUUAAUGGGACUUUCUUUAAAAAGCAAAACAAAAAGACACUGGGUUUGGGCAGUUUAUUUAAAACUUUUAUUAUUCUGCCACAGAAAAGUGAUUUUUACUGGGGAGGAAUAGGGGGAUUCUAGGCAGGAGAAUGGGAAAUAGAUGGUGUCUGCCUCAUAACUUACAGAAGAUGAUAGGGUAGUGUCUUUAAAAUUUUUCCUCCCCAUUUGUGGCUGCUAGUGGCAAUGUAGUCUUGGGAAAUAGAAUGUCAUGUAUUGGUAUUCAGAAGCUUUCCAUUGCCCAAUAGACAAGGGUAUACAGAAGAGGAAGGGCAGUAAACACAACUAAUUUCUCUACAGCAUUGGUAUUUUGAAUAGGGAUGCUCCUCCCAACAUAAUCUUAUUAUUAUUUAGAUACACAUUCUUCCUCCUAGGGUGAGAGCCACUUUAAGAUUGAUACAAGAACAUUAUUGGAUUAACGGGGAGAGACUUAUCCUUAAAGCUGUAGUAUUUAUUAAUUGAGAAAAUGCAUGUCAUUUUAAGGUUCAAAAAGGCUUUGGGUGAAAUAUUGGCCUUACUGAACUCAAUGGAAAUUUAGCCUUUAGAGUUGAGAAAUGAAAAACCACUCAUCAGGAGAAUUUAUAGUAUUUUAUAUGUAGCAUGUUUGUGUGAGGAACACGGGUAUCAGAUGUGUGAAAAUCUCAUGUCUGUAUUAUAGCAUUUCAUUUAAUAACCUCUGUAAAAAAUAAAACCCUCUUUAAAAGGAAAGUCAGACCUCUACAAACAUUUGCUUCAAAUAGGAUCAUUUGAAUAGAAAUGGUUCCAUAUUUGAACAUAAAUGGCCCUAGGUUGAGAGAGGAAAUGGCAUGUUUCCAAAACUUUCAGAAUUAAAAAUAAAAGUAUAAACUUUUACAUUUCAUGUGAUUGGUGUGAGAUUUUGGGCCAAAAUUGAAAUUUCUAGGAAAAAUAUUUCUAUUUUGAUUUCAAAAUUGUCACAUUCACACAUUGAUCUAGUUUCCAUACUCUCUCUCUCUCUCUCUCUCUCUCUCUCUCUCUCUCUCGCUCUGUAAGAUGGUGUACACAUGACUAUAUUCCCCAGGAGAUCAGCCAAAAGCAGGCCCAAAUCCUUUUGAUCCUGCUAGGAAAUUUUCUUAACAUUUCACUGGUGGGGGUGGGGGUUUGACCUGUAUAUCCAACUUCUAUUAAUUUUGGGUUAUGUUCUGCUUACACAACUCUUGUGGUAAAAAAUGGGAAUUCUGCAUGUGGGGUUUUUUAUGAUCCUUUCCUCUUCUGUUCUUUUACAUUCCCAAAGUACCACCCUCUGAAGUAGUUUUGUGUCUUUGUUUCCAAAAAUCUCCAAAGAUUCACAGGAAGGCACAUGUGUAAAUAGUGUAACUUGGGCUGGUUUCUUUCUCUAAUGUCUGUUCUUUGGAUGUUAGCCCAUCUCUUACUCUGUUUACCUAUGAAAGGUUUAGGCCAGUUUGAACGAGUUCAUUUAACUUUUCAACAAGUGACACAAAACAGUAGCUGAUUAGAGUUCUUUGGCUCAGAUCUAUCUAUUUGAUUGCAUGGGAUGACCAGUGUUCAUGCACUUCCUCUUCAUGGACGGGUGAAGUUACAUAUUAUAUUUAGAUCAUACUGAAUCUGUGGAAUGUUGAGCAGUGUUAAAGUAAGACCAUGCUGUGAGCAGUCACACAUUAAGGGCUAAUAGUGUUUGCUGCCUGAACCGCUCUGACUUACCACUAGAGAGCAGGUAGUCAGGGCUAGGAGCCAGGACACCUGGGCUAUAUUCUUGCUUUGGGAGGGCACUGCAAUGCAUCCUAUGGUGCUGGAGGACUACAGAUUUCUCAUUGUACUUCCAUGGGGUAGACGGAAGCUACCCUAACAUGAGCUAGGUUACACAGCCCAGAAUUAAUCCUUGCCUGAAGUGGCAUAAUGUUGAGGUGCUAGAGGGCACAUAGCACAAGUUAAUAAACUGAAACAUGUGAUUGCUCAAGUUUUAGUACCCUAGUAUGGUUUAAGUGUAACAUGUAACUUCACCCUAAGGAUCUGUGUAUCUGGAUCAGUUCAGUAAUUACUUUAUUGGGAACUAGAAGCAGAAUUAACAUACAGAUACAAGCCCCCUAAGUGGUAUAACUUAGGAGGUAGUUUGGGAACUCCACCAAAGCAAUGGGAUGAGGAGUCAGGAGCUGCUGCACAACUAAUGCUCUUCAGAACCUGAAAGGAUACUGUGCCUCCCUCAGGGUGGAAGGUCUUGUAUAGUAGCAAAUCUGAUCCUGCCCAACCACACCUACAGAGUCCUUAUACAAAGCAGCUCCAUGGCAGGUAGGUCAAAACUACAGCACUUACAUUAUGCUAGUGUUCUCUGCUCUGGUGGAAGGAUAGUAAAUCAAUAUUCAAUGUAUACUUUUUCACAGGGCCAGCUGUUGUAAAUCAGUGUUGCUCCACUCUAGUCCAUGGUGAUUUACACCAGCUGAAUAUCUGGUCCAGAGUUGCAAGGUUUUUUCAGUGGGGGGUGGAAGGGAGGUUAUCCAGCCUCCUCCCAAUGUUAUAUUACAGCUUUCCCUUUAGAAUAUAUGCAACUCAGUGAUGCAAAUAUAAAGACAUUUAUUUGGCAAUAAAAAGUGUCCAUUAAUAACACAUGCUCCUUGACUAUGAGGAAAAGUUGGCUGUUUCAAAGAAAAAGGUCAAUGUUCAUUCUUCUUAAUUAGCGAGAGGAAUCAGGAGGAAAGUAGGUAUACAAUAUGCUUCAUCUUAUGCACGUGAAAUAUUAUUUGAAAUCCAUAUGGGAUCUUCCCAUUACCUUUGCUUUGUUUUGGAAUCCAAGGUUAUCAUUAAAAUAAGAUGUUUGGCUCCUUCAUUCUUACACCAUCUUGUACCACUUAAAAUUUAUAUAAAAAUAAUCCCAGCCUCUGAAAUAUCCACUCAUCCCUUACCCCUUACAAGUUUCUGAUCUUUGGCUCAAGUUUUACUGACAUAACUGUAAAAUCUUUUCGGAGUUAUUUUUAGGCCUGUUACAGUAUGUGCAUGAAUUUGUUGCAACAGGCUCUUUUCUAGGCUUCAAGACAGGUUAUAUGAAUAUUGUUAAACAGUUUUAAAAGAGAAAGCACUCAUGCUGGAUUAAAAACUGAAAUUAAAUUGCUUAAUUCUGCCCUUAUCUAUAUCUUUGUAACAACACUGAAUUUAUUAAUAUAACUGUGGCUCUUAAAAUAUCUAAACUUUAAAACAACAGAUUAGAAGUAACAGUUCAUUUCUAAUGGCAUAAUAAAAGAAUACAGCAUAGUAGUAAAUUUGAUAUAAAACAUCCCAAUUUCCUUGCUUUUUCUACAUUUCCUUUUUUUGGAUCAGUGCAGCAUAUUGGUGCAAAAUAUUUUUUUAAAUACAUACUGUAUAUACAACCUGCAUACAAUCUGCACCUUCAUUUUUUUCCUCAAAUUGUGUUGCUAGCUAUCUGCUGUUCUUUUGAGUCUAUCUCCAGAAAAGUAACAUUAUGAUAAAUGCAGUACUCAUAUGUGACAGUACUAUUCCCAGGAUCCAAUACAUCUUUAUGCACUUUGAGUACUGUGUGCAGAAUAAAGUUAGAAUUUAAGUUAUCAAAGGAAAAUACAAAGUGGUAAUUCCUUUAGAUGUAAUAUUCUUAACACUUAUCCACAAAUUAUUAGAGGUGUACUCAGAGGGUUAACAGAAAAGCACAAGGCAUGCUGAUUACAUUGGUGUAUCCAAACUGCUUUGCUUUUUUAGCCAGUGUUUGCUGAUUCUUUUUCUCCAGAAAAUCCUUGGAAAUUUUCAAGUUUAAAAUAAUUUAAGUGUUGUUGUUCAAGAACUUUCUAUAACCAAUUGAAUUAAUUUUUAGUUGAACUUAUCACAGGAAUAAGAUGUAUCAUUAAUGCAGUGUAAGUCCGUAGUUUUACGUUUUAUUAAUUCCACAAGUGAUUCCAGAAAUCUUUUUUCUUUUUUUAAGUACUUAAUAUAGAGCUUACAAUGGUGGCAUAGGUGACUGAGACUGUCUUUCUUAUUGAUAAACAAACAAUAUUGUAAUUUCAAGAGAGUCCUGAGCCAGCUUUUCAGUUUGGUAGUGUACUAGUUAGGGAAAAGCUAUAUCAUUACAUGCAUUGUGUAAAUCAUCUUUGUAGAUGAGAACUGUUCAUGUUAAUGAACACAUUUUUUCUUGACAUUGUAGCAGAAACUGUUUACUUGUUAAUGAACAACCAAUACAUUAAUUUGCUUCAGACUGUUAGAGGGAAAAGUGAGACUCCAGUCACUGACAAUGUUAUUGCUUUACAGUAGCCCUCAUCUAAUUUAAAUGUGGUGCAUACUACAAUAAGCAAAGCCAAACCUGUGAAUAAACUCCUGAAAAAGCUUGGUGGCUCUUUAUUCAGUGGGGUGUUCACAAACAGGAAUGUGUGGCAGGGAGAAGGCUUGUCAAGUACUGUUGAAAUGAAAGCAAUAAGAGUUAAAUUGCAGUCUUUUACCCUCUGAAGCAUAUUUCAAUUUAAAAAAAGAAAGAAAGAAAGAAAAAUUGGCUUGGAGGGUUGCAGUGCUACCUUAUGACCACAGGUCAAGUACAUUAAAUCACUGUUAUUUGCUGGCCUAUGGUACAUAUUAGGAAAUGACAUCCCCUGUAUUUAGUUUAGAUUGUGGGCAGGGAGAGCUUUCCUAUAUUAUUGCAGUGCCCGCUAGCAUUGCCAUGGCUAAGGUUUUGUUAGUAUUUCCAUUAUAAACUCCUAUUCUCCAAGGUUUUUAGUUUGAUCGUAAAAAUUUGCUUCAGGCAGAAACUUGGCAUAUGAUUCCUCAGCCCAGAGUGAGUAUUCUCCUAAAAUAUGAGGGAAAUCAGCCUGGCCAUUUUGAUGUUUAUGCUCUCAUGCUGAGCAAAACCAAACAAACAACAAGAGACAAUAGCUUGGAUAAAGUGCGGUUUUUAUGUGGACAAUUCAAAAAUUGUUUUGUUUUCACAACUUUACACAAAGUUGACAGCGAAAACUUUUGGGCCCUUUGAAAAUCAGUAAGAAAACUCAGUUAUUGAGAAAGAGGCUAUUUUACAGGUGGAGUGAUUAAAGUCCCUGUAGUAACAGCUGUGUAUGUGUGUGCACGCGUGUAUUCUCCCCUUCUUGUGUUCCUAUCAUUCCUGUUCCUAUUAGGUUGAGUUACUGAGUGUAUCAGAUGCUAAAUGCAGAUUAUGUUGAACUUCUCUGUAGCUUAACAAAAAGAAAUGAUUCAACUCUCAUAUUUAGGAUCUACUGCAAAGAAGUUUGGGAUUGUACCAUUGUAAAAACAGGUAUAAUUAGGAAAACAGGAGGGCCAUUGUCCUUUACAUCAGAGAUUGAGGACAUUGAGACGGAAGAUUUUCAGGAGCUCACAAUGAGUGAGGGAAGGUUCUUUAAAAAAGAGUAACAUGGAUAGCUCUGAAAACUGUAAAAAGUGCAACAAAAAAAAGCCAGUCUGCAUAAUGAAUCCAUGUGUAUCACUGUUCUGGCACUAAUCUGGAACAGAUAUAUCUAUAAACGGACACAAUUUAUGUAUGUAUCAUACACACACAUGCAUUUAUGCAAGGAAAUAGAGCUUCAGCUCUUGUUCUAAUCUGACCUUCUCUCAUGAAAAAUAAAGAAAAAUGAAUAUACCUGUUUAAUAUUAAUAUUAAUAUUAAAUGUUUGCUGUUAUGCAUAAACCUGUUAUCUAUAGAUGGAAAAUUGCAGCUUUCAAAAGGUGCAAAUGUUUAUAAUUUUUUGUGUUUAUAAUUGAACAGCCCACACUAAGUGUCUUUGGAACACAGAUUUCAGUAUGAUACUCUUUCAAUGACUGUGGUCAGUAGCAGAUGCUUCAGAGGACAGCACAAGAAAAGAAUAGAUACAGAGUGGCAAGGCCACAAUGAAGAGGUCUCCUUAGUAAUGGACUCAUGCCCAUAAACAGGAAGAUUUAUUUUUUCUAAGACUAAUUAGCUUAUCCAAGUGUAAGUCAGCCUUUGGUAUUAGUCUAUCUGAAACCUUUAAAGUAAUUUAACUAGUGUCCAAGCAAUAAAUAAUAUGGAUUACUUAGAAUCUGUCAGACAACAGGUAAAUGCUAGGGAGAGAAAAGAACUAAAGAUGAAGGACAAUGUUGACACAAGAAUACAGGAGUAUAAACUGGCUGCGAAUAUAUCUUAUUUUAGCUGGAAUUAAAAAAAAAAAAGGGUUCUGUAAUAGCCCCUCAGUAGUCAUGGAAGAAAAUAACAGCUACAAUUAAAAUGGAGCUUGUGUUUAGUUUAUAAAAAAGAUGACAUGAUGUGAGUGCCUGUGAUAGAUGGGAGCUGGACUCACAAGCACAGGAAGGCCGUUCCAGUUCUAUUUCCCGAAGAGGUCAUAAAGAUAUUCUCAAGCCUAAAAGCCCAUGUAUGCUUCCUUUUUAAUCCAAUAUGGUCACCCACAGAAAACAAAUACUCAUAGAAAUAUAUUCAAGCAAUUUAGAUUCAUUAAUUGAGAAAAACUGUAUUUUAAGAAGUGGUAUAUUUAUGGUGCUGUCUGAAAUAUUGCAGAUAGGUUUGCAAGAAAAUGUACAGCAGAAUUGGGGCACCACAUAAGACGUCAGGAGUUAAGGGUGAAAUGCCAUCUUUAAUUUGCUUUGUUGUGUUUUAGCUUAGCAGCUGAUGUGACUUCCUAUCAGGGGACCUCAGAUCAAUGCAGGAUUAUCUUCAAAUCAUAAACAUAAUGGGGUGAGUGACAAAUGAAAUUCCAGGGGUUAGUCUCUCAAAAGUGUGAGUUUAAUCUUUUUUUUUUCCUUAAUAAAAUCCACAUGAAAGAAGAGGCAAAUAGCCAUUUAAGAUUGGAACCUGAACUUUUGGCAGUUUGGCAUUAGACUGUGUCUUUACUGAGCUUUAGUCUCUCCAUAGUGAUCUUCCUAUAAUUGUGUAUUAACCUGAAGGUGAUUAGUACCAAUUCUUGAAACUAUUUUCUAUUGAGAUGUAAAAGAAAAAAAUCCAUUCAUUGAAGGAAACUUAAAAAUGCAAGGAGUUCAGUAGAUUUGCUUCCAAUGGGAGUGAAGGUCUUGAAUAAUUCUCAAAGGACAAUUUAUUUCUUGCUCUUUAUGCUGCUCUUUGGUGUGGUCUGUGAGGAAAAAAAAUAUUGAAACUGAUCCAAGGUUAAAGACAUAUCUGCUAUAAGUUAUUUUUUAUUUUAUUAAGGAAUUAAUAAUAGCCUUCUAUAGUCUGCCUGAAAGAAAAUUAUUAAAGGAUUAGUUGAGUGUGAAAUUAAAUAGCACUUUUCUCAUGCAUGCUAAAGAGGUGUCUGAGAAACUAGUUGCAUUUAAACAAGUUUUGAAAUGAUUUCAAUUUUGUGCAGGAAAAAAAAUGCAAUGUUUCCUUUGAAAAUACCAAACUUGGUAAUUGCUACGUGGUUCAGAUGACAUAGGUUAAUCUCUAAUUUUCAGGAUACUGAUUAAAUAACUCUUAAAUGAUAAGUAUUGAUGCAUAAAGCGGGAAUGAGGUCAAAUAGCAUUUUUCAAAUCCCACAGUUUAUGCUAAUACAUGUAGAUUAAUAUGGAAUGAGAUCUGAUAAAUUAUGUUAACUUAUAAGCUAAGCUUUUAUGUUGUUGCUUGUUUUUAUGUAAAACAUUUACUUUAAAAUGAUAAUAAAAAUAGUAGAAAGCGA